AUGUUGUCGGCAUUCACCGCGCGGCCGCUCGUCGAGCUCAAGCCGCGUGACAAGUCCAGGAUCGACUCAGUCCUCGCCUAUGGCGAUCGCCUGCUGGCGGGUCUCAACAAUGGCAGCCUACGCAUCUACCGUGUCACCGACGAGGGGACGACCGAGCUCCUCCGCGAACUGGAGAGGUUCUCGCGCUAUAAGAUCGAACAACUCGCCCUAAUUAAGGAGGCUAAUGUGCUGGUCGCGCUGUCUGGCGGUUAUGUCUCGCUGCACAACGCCCAGACCUACGAGCCCCUCGAGCAACUGGCCCAGACCAAAGGCGCGUCGGCCUUUGCAAUCACCUCAAACGUUGUCAACGACCCCGACACCAAUGUCCCAGCCAUUGUCUCUCGCUUGGCCGUCGCGGUCAAACGCAAGAUCUUGAUGUGGGUCUGGCAAGACAUGGAACUAGAGCGCGACACCACCGAGCUGAGCCUUGUCAGCGGCAUUAAAACCCUGACUUGGGUAUCUGCCACUCGGCUAGUGGUGGGACUGAGCUCGAACUAUGUCAUGGUCCAUAUUGAGACAGGCCAGGUCGCCGAACUGGCAGGGCCCGGCAGUAUCGAGGAGUCCGGCCGGUUCACGGGCGUCGGCGUCGCGAGUAUGAGCUAUAUCGGCAUGGGAGGCAUGGUGCCGCGGCCGCUGGCAACGAGGUUGCGUGAGGGCCAGAUUCUACUGGCCAAGGAUAUCAAUACACGCUUUAUCGACGUAGAGGGCCAGCCCCUCGGUCGGCGACAAAUCCCAUGGAGUCAUGCCCCUGUCGAGAUCGGGUAUUCCUAUCCAUUUUUACUGGCACUGCACGACUCGGCCAAAGGAGUGCUAGAGGUUCGAAAUCCGGAGACCUUGUCGCUUUUACAAUCCAUCCCGCUGCCGUCGGCUAGCCUUCUGCACAUCCCGCAGCCUAACAUCAGUCUCGCCCACGCCGGAAAAGGGUUCUUGGUGGCGAGUGACCGGUCCAUCUGGCGCAUGGAGGGGCUGAGUUAUGACACGCAAAUCGAUGCUCUGGUUGAAAAGGGGUACUUGGACGAGGCGAUUAGCCUCCUCGGAAUGCUGGAGGAUGCGCUUCUGCGGGAUAAGCCCGGUCGAUUGCGUGCCAUCCGGCUGGAAAAGGCGCAGAGUCUGUUUGCUUUACACAAAUACCGUGAUUCUUUGGAUCUCUUCACCGAAAUUACGGCCCCUCCGGAGACGGUCAUUCGUCUGUAUCCUCGUUUGAUCGCGGGUGAUCUCUCCGCCAUUCCUGAGCCAGAUACUGAUAAAGUCAACGGCUCCCAACCGGAUGGAUCCUCUGAAGCGGCUGCUCCGGGUCAAUCAUCCAUGUACGCGCCUUCGGUCAGGUCUUUUCUGCGGAGAACCGAUGAGGGCAGUGAUUCCAGCAGCAACCGUGAUGAAGAAAAAGAUCUCAAGGUCGCUGUCCGCGAGCUGCAGGGAUACCUAGCGGAUGUUCGUCGACGCUUUCAGCGGUUCCUCAACCCCGACGGUUCUCUGAAAGCUCCCGUGCCAACAGAGCCCAAAGACGAUGCCAGUGAUUCGGUUCUCAAACUACUAGACUUCCCCCCUACAGAAGAAUUCGCAAGUCAAAUCCAGAGUAAGGCUCGGCUUGUCGAUACCACGCUGUUUCGCGCGCACAUGUACGCAACGCCCUCGCUGGCCGGGUCUCUCUUCCGCAUUGCCAACUUCUGCGACCCAGAGGUGGUCAUGGAAAGGCUCGAGGAAACCGGCCGGUACAAUGACCUGAUUGACUUUUUGUAUGGCAAGAGACUGCACCGCCAGGCCCUCAAAUUACUGCAGCGCUUUGGACAAGAAGACUCGGGCCUUCUCAGUGGGCCCACGCGCACCAUCGCAUACCUCCAGAAUCUCUCUCCAGAUCAGAUCGACCUGGUUCUUGAAUUCGGGGAAUGGCCGCUGCGCACUAGCCAAGAGCUGGGGAUGGAGAUUUUUCUGACGGAUACCGAAAACGCCGAGACACUACCGCGGCCUCGAGUCCUCGAAUUCCUCGAGGGCAUUGAUCCCAAACUUGCUAUUCAGUACCUCGAGCAUGUCAUCCAUGAAUGGAACGAUUUGACACCGGACCUGCACCAAAGAUUACUGGUUUUGUAUCUGGAUCAAUUCAUCCACAACAAGCCAUCUGCGGAAUGGAAGGCCAAGUUCUUGGGCAUGUUAAGAGAGAGCGAGCAGUACUCGCCAGCGAAGAUGCUGGACCGGCUGAACCGAGAGGAUCCCGAGUUUUACGAAGCCCGCGCAAUUGUGUUCAGCAAAAUGGGCCAGCACCGCCAAGCGCUGGAGAUCUAUGUCUUCAAGCUUGAGGAUCAUGAGAAGGCAGAAGAGUACUGCAACCAAGUCCACUUGACCGAGAAGAUCGAGGAAGAAAGCGAAAGCUCCAUCUACCUCACCCUAUUGUCGUUGUAUCUGGCACCACCACACGGCUACCAGCCCCAAAAUGGCCCGGCUCUGGCAGUCCUGGCUAAGCACGGGUCUCGAUUACCGGCAGAUGCGGCACUAGGUCUUAUCCCCAGGGUAUUGCCUGUGCAGGAGUUGGAGUUUUACUUCAAAGGCCGGAUGCGCGCGGCCAACUCUGCCUUCAACGAAGCCCGCAUCGUGGCCAGCUUGCGCAAAGCACGCGACAUGCAGAUCCAAGCACAGUUGGUCGUUGGCGAGGGUGUUCGCGGCGGGGCAACCCGGGCUCGCCACGUCACAGUCACCGAGGAGCGGAUUUGUGGCGUAUGUCAUAAACGAUUGGGAGGGAGCGUGAUCAACGUGUUUCCCGAUAACUCCGUGGUUCAUCUGGGCUGCGCCAAUCGAGUACCGACUGUUCGUUCCGGGUAG